AUCUACUUGUAAUAUUGAAAACAAAAAAUGCCAUAGCAAUUAUCGAAACUAACAAAAACACUUCCUUGAGCAACUGCAAGAAAGCAGAUCUGUGCACAGUGCUAGAGCCAGCUAGUGCAGGGGAGAGCAUGAAACUGAAGAUUAGUCUACAGAAGGACAAGAAACAUAGUGAUAUUGUGACCUGUGUGGGAUGGGCAAGUUCUGAUGAGCUCUAUUCUGUCAGUGAUGACCAUCAGAUACUCCGCUGGGACUUCAACUCUGGGGAAACUCACCAGGUGGUUCAGUUGCCUCAGGAGACAUAUGCCACUGACAUCCACUGGGUCCCGAGUGGUGGUAAGAAGAGAGAGUUGUUUGUGUUGGCCUGUACUGACGGUCGCUUCCUCUUCAUCUCACGACUGGGUCGAGUGGAGAAGAGUGUGGAGGCUCACAAGGGCGCUGUCCUAGGGGCUCAGUGGAGCUACGAUACUACUGCACUACUUACUUAUGGUGAGGAUGGUGCUGCCAAGAUAUGGUCCAGAGCAGGUAUGCUACGGACUAUCAUUGCUCAGUCAACUGGUCCAAUGUACGCUGCCUGUUGGUCACCUGACUCUGAUGCCAUAGCCUACACCAGUGGUCGGUCAUUAGUCCUCAAGCCACUGCAGCCGGCGGUCAAACCCACUCAGUGGAAGGCACAUGAUGGUCUUAUUCUCUGUCUGGACUGGAGCUCUGCCAACAGUCUCUUAGUGUCAGGAGGGGAGGACAGGAAAUACAAGGUGUGGGAUAGUUAUGGACGUGGUCUCUAUUCUUCCUACCUUCAUGACUCUCCCAUCAGUUCAGUCAAGUGGGCACCAGAUGGUGACUUGUUUGCUGUGGGUUCAUUCAACACUCUUAGACUGUGCGACAGGACAGGGUGGUCUCACAGUCUGGAGAAGCCCGCCAGUGGAACAGUUUUCAAACUAGCCUGGACACAGGACGGCACUCAAUUCUCUGGAGCGUGUGGCAAUGGACAAGUCAUCUUUGCCCAAGUGGUGGACAGACAUCUUGAGUGGGACUCUCUGGAGGCAUGUGUGAACCAUGACAACACUGUGGAUGUGAGGGACGUCACUACUGAUGCAAGAGAGCAUCUUGAGUUCAGUGAACGUAUUAUCAAGACCUCCCUUGGUUGGGGACACCUGAUUGUCACCACAUCCACUCAGGCCUACAUCUACAACUCUCGUAACUGGACAACCCCUGUGACCCUGGACAUGCGUGGCUCAGUGGGACUUAUACAACAAUCAGAGAGACACUUCCUACUCACAGACAGUGCCUCAGGAGUGCAGCUUGUCUCCUAUGAGGGUCGUGUUGUGAGCUCCAUUAAGUCUCCGGGGGUCCAGUCGUCAAUGCUGAGUCAGCAAACCACCUCCCUCAGCAGGGACACAGUCGUCAUAAGAGACCAUCGUGAUGACAAAAGGGUUCAUGCAUUUGAUGCUCUGACUGGCAAAGAGUUAGGUGAGGGGAAACCCCUAGUACACAAAACAGAGGUGGUGGGUGUGGCCUUGAGUCAAUGUGGACCCCCCACUGAGCGCCUCCUGGCUCUACUGGACAAGAACAAUGACCUCUACAUUACCACUGUGAGAGGACCUCUUGCUAACACCACACAGGCCCUCGGUACAAUGGUGAGCAGUGUGGCCUGGAACAAUGGCAGUAACAUUCUGGUGGGCAUGUGUGACACUAAGUUCAUAGCAUGGUAUCACCCUGGUGUGGUGUACACAGACAAAGAGCUCCUUCCACAAACACUGCUCAUCAAGCAAGGAAGUGAGUUCUCCAAGAGUCCUCAAGUGGUAGGGUUUGUAGGUAAUCAAUGCACUCUGAGGAGGUCUGACGGAGCUCUCAUUAGAACCAGCCUGUCUCCAUUACCUGGUCUCCUGCACCAGCACACCUCUGCUAGGAGAUGGGAGGCAGCUACUAAACUAUGUCGCUUUGUCAAGGACCCUGCAUUGUGGGCGUGUCUGGCUGCCAUGGCAACGGAUGCCCGGGAUCUUGGCACUGCUCAGACUGCCUACGCUGCUAUCAACGAGGUGGACAAGGUUCAGUUCCUCUCUCGUAUCAAAGAGCUAUCUAGUAGGGAGCAAAGGAAUACUGAGCUGGCACUGUUUUGUCACCAGCCUACUCAGGCAGAGGCUGCUUAUCUGACAGCAGGACUUGUGUACAGAGCCAUUGAUCUCAACCUAUCUCUCUUCAACUGGGAGAGGGCCCUUGAGAUUGCAGUCAAGCACAAGACACACGUGGACACUGUGCUAGCAUUUAGAGAGGUCUAUCUCAAGGAGAUUGGCUGCUCAGAAACACUCCAGCACUUCCAACAAUACUCAGGGAAGCUGAGCAUUGACUGGGAUAAGAUUAGAGCCAAGAUCUCACUAGAGGAAGGAGCCACCAACUGACCAACACUGACACUGUCAUUAUAAACUCUCUUUGAUUGUUUUGGACACUCUUAUUAUACCACUCUUUAUUAGCGUUCAUUCUCUUAUGUCUUAUGUCUUAUGUCUUAUGUAUAAUUAUUACACAUCAAAAACAACAGAAUAGUCAAGGAGGAUAAAAACGAUAAUAAUUAUGAUUGUUAGUUGCGUAUUAUAUCAUGUGAUAUCUUCAAAUGAAAG